AUGGAGUCGAGUCAGGAUCAUCCCCUGCACCCAGCGCAGUAUGCUCCGCUUUCGGAUGCGCAGCAGGACAAGGCCGCGCCGCUCUAUCACCAGCAGUACCAGCCGGCGGCGUAUUACGCGCCGUACCAACAACCACAAACCGGAGAAACGAGCGCACCUGCGGCGGGCCCUACCGUCCUCACCGUUACGCGGAGGGUCGGGCUAACCGUCCUGGGCGUGAUUGUCUUCCUGCUUGUUGCCUCAUCGGGCUCAGCACCGGCCUCGGGGACGUUGACGCAAGGGGUGCCGGACGCGACGGCCACGACCACACCUGCGGCAGCGACGGCGACGGCGGCGGCGGACGACGUGGACUGCCCCGGGGUCAACGGCACCUUCUACACGGCCAGCACGGGCGGCAAGCGGUUCCGGCGCUUGUGCGGAAUCGACUACGGCGGCAACGGCGAGGCGGUCGACAUGGGCAACGUCAAGACGCGCAACCUGGACCGGUGCAUCGACGAGUGCGCCUCCCGGCCCAAGUGCACGGGAGCCGGCUGGGGCGUCAUCCAGGGCGACAAGGGCCCGCUGCACACGUGCUGGCUGAAGACGAACCUGACCAAGCCGCACAAGGCCACCCCCGACUGGGGGUUCGCCGUGCUGUUGUUGCCCGAGGGGAGUGGGGAGGGUGAUGAGAGUGAUGAAAGUGAUGAGAGUGAUGAAAGUGAUGAGAGUGGUGGGAUAUGA